UCCCUUCGCCCCACGCUGAUUGGCCACAAUAUAACAAUGCCCCUCGAUGAUUGGCUAGAGGUUUUGGCGGGCUCUGAGUUUGCUGGGGCAGCAGGGCAAGUUGUCAGGCACCAUGAGUGACAAUGCUGGAGAAGGGAGAGCAUCAGAAAAGAGGAAAGAGCAGAAAAGCAGGAAAGCAGGAGAGAGUUCCCAGGUGGAAGAUGGAUUCAAAGAACUGUCCAUCUACUUCCCUAAGGAGCAAUGGGCAGAGAUGGGAGCCUGGGAGAAAACCCGCUACAGGAACAUCAAGCGGAACUAUGAGUUUAUGAUUGAACUAGGCCUUCCUACCCCGAAACCUGCCUUUAUGUGUCGUGGUCGACGUCCCCAAAACCCCAUCAUAUACGACUCGGAGUCUGAUGAAGACUGGACACCAAAACCUUUAGUGAAAACCUUCAGGCCACCACGUAAAUCUGGCAGUUUGAAACAGGAAAAAAAGAAAAGGCAGAACAUCAGUCAAAAUGAAAAGACAGUGCUGGAGAAGACCUCUGAGAAUCAAACAGACACUGAGAAAUUGAACAAAAAUUCAGAUGUGGGCACCAGAAUCCCUGUCACUAAUGUUGUUGAUCUGAAAACUGAUCUACCCAGGUUAGCAGCUUCUGAAACCCAAGGGCAGAGCACCCAAGUUAACACGUACAGCUUACGAAAGAGAGAGAAAAAAGUGUACGUUGAAAUAAAUGAACCACAAGAUGAUGAUUACUUAUUUUGUGAGGCUUGCCUGACAUUUUUCAUUGAUGAGUGUUCAGUUCAUGGCCCUCCAACUUUCAUCAAAGACCCAAUAGUAGAAACAGGACAGGAAAGGAGAGCAGCUCUCACUUUGCCCCCAGGGAUGAGAAUUGGGCUUUCGAGUAUCCCACAGGCUGGGCUUGGAGUCUGGAAUGAGGCAGACACCCUGCCGAUUGGAGUUCAUUUUGGCCCAUACGACGGAAGGAUAACAGAGGAGGAGGAAGCAGCCCACAAUGGUUAUUCUUGGCUGAUCACCAAGGGAAGAAACUGGUAUGUGUACAUUGAUGGGAAGGAUGAAACUAAUGCCAACUGGAUGAGGUAUGUUAACUGUGCUAGGGAUGAGGAAGAGCAGAACCUUGUCGCUUUCCAGUAUCAUGGGAAAAUCUACUAUAGAGUGUGCAGGGCCAUCCUGCCGCACUGUGAGCUUCUGGUCUGGUACGGGGAUGAAUACGGCAAGGAGCUGGGAAUCAAGUGGGGCACGAGAUGGAAAAGCACAGCGCCACCCAAAGUGCGUGGGCAGGAUCCACACUGCCAUCCAUGCCCUCGCUGCAGGCUGGCUUUCAGCAGCAAAGAUUACCUCAGCCAACACUUGAAGCGUAAGCACCUGCCUACCGAAUUGCAGACUGAAGAAGACGAAGGUGCUCUGGGAGGGGAAUCUUGUCCUAAAACCAGAGGUCUUUCCUUCCCGGGAGAUCCACCAUCACAGCAGCUGCCACCAAACCCCAGCUCCCUCCGCAAAGGCACAUGGGGAAAGAAACCACAUUUGCAAGGGCAGAGGGAAGGUGUGGGAGGUAGAGAGGUGUUUGGCUUACUGUCAAACCUGCCUCCACAGCAGUGGAGGGACACAACAGGGGAGCCACAUGCACAGAGCGAAACGGGGCAGGCAGGAGGUGGCGGUCGCAGACAGAAGUAUUCCUGUGGCGAGUGUGGGCAGAACUUCCACAGGCCAUCACACUGGGUUAGACAUCAGCAGAGCCACACAGGAGAAAAGUCCUAUCCUUGUGGUGAGUGUGGGAGGAGGUUCAGCCACUCCUCCAGCCUCACCAGACACCAGCGCACCCACACGGGAGAGAGGCCCUUCCAGUGCCUGGAGUGUGGGAGGAGGUUCAGCCAGUCAGCCCACCUCACCACCCACCAGCGCACCCACACGGGAGAGAGGCCCUUCCAGUGCCUGGAGUGUGGGAGGAGGUUCAGCAAGUCAGCCAAGCUCACCACCCACCAGCGCAUCCACACGGGAGAGAGGCCCUUCCAGUGCCUGGAGUGUGGGAGGAGGUUCAGCCAGUCAGCCCACCUCACCACCCACCAGCGCACCCACACGGGAGAGAGGCCCUUCCAGUGCCUGGAGUGUGGGAGGAGGUUCAGCGAGUCAGCCAAGCUCACCACCCACCAGCGCAUCCACACGGGAGAGAGGCCCUUCCAGUGCCUGGAGUGUGGGAGGAGGUUCAGCCAGUCAGUCAACCUCACCACCCACCAGCGCAUCCACACGGGAGAGAGGCCCUUCCAGUGCCUGGAGUGUGGGAGGAGGUUCAGCCAGUCAGCCCACCUCACCACCCACCAGCGCAUCCACACGGGAGAGAGGCCCUUCCAGUGCCUGGAGUGUGGGAGGAGGUUCAGCCACUCCUCCAGCCUCACUACCCACCAGCGCACCCACACGGGAGAGAGGCCCUUCCAGUGCCUGGAGUGUGGGAGGAGGUUCAGCCAUUCAUCCCACCUCACCAGACACCAGCGCACCCACACGGGAGAGAGGCCCUUUCAGUGCUCGGAGAGUGGGAGAAGGUUCAGGCAGCCAUCAAACCUGACUGGCCACCAAUGGACUCACGCCUAGAGGGGAAACACCCUGCAGACCAAACAACAUGAGGGCUCUGUGUCAAUCUUGAGGGAUUCUGGGUAAAGCAAAGAGCUGUAACGAUAGACUCCUUAACCUUCUUGGGGGCUUUUGGUUUGCUCCUCUGCUUCAUGCUGACUGCAGUGGUGAGUGUAACCCCCUUCACCUUUCCGCUCCUGGGCUGAGUGGAGAGACGCGUCCUUCCUCCACUUGCUGAGGGUUUUGUUGUUCACUAAAGCUGGGCUACUGCCCCAGCCCCUUGACUGUCCUGAGUGGCCUGCUGCAUCUGCCCCUCCAGAAGAGACUUGGCCUGUGACCAGUAGGAGCAGCACAGGAGAUAGGUGGGCCAGGAGCAGCAGGAAUCAAAGCAGUUACUGUGGCUGCUGGGCUUGAGUAGACGGUAAUCCCCUCGUGCUCUGUCCACGCUUUGCUGCAGCCUUGUUACCAUAUGAGGUGGGAGCAAGGCAGGCCUGCAGGAGCCACCUCCCGUUUGUCGCCCACCAUUCGUGGCUAGUGCAGUGGGAGCCAAGCACCUGGCCUGGGUUAGUCAGACUACAGCGAUGGUCUCACGCGAGAGCAAGGCAAGGUGGGGUGACUAACUCUGAAUGGGCACUGGCGGGGCAGCACCUCGAGCUCGGCUCAGACUCCUGGCUGGGGUUGACUCUCACCAGUGCGCUCGUAAGGCUGGAAACGCCUUGCCUGCCUAUUAACACUGUUAUUCAUGGUUUGUUCCUGUUAGUUCCUUCUCUCCCUCUUGGGAAGAUGAUAUUUUUCCCUCCAUGUUUCUUCUGUAGAGAAUUUCUUUAAGCCUGUGUUAAUAAAAUGAGCUUCUCUGAGA